AUGAGCAUCGCCUACCUUGAUCCCGGAAAUAUUGAGUCGGAUCUACAGAGUGGGGCAGUUGCCAACUACCGGCUUCUGUGGCUUUUAUUCUUUGCCACUCUGAUGGGACUUUUUAUGCAAAGGCUGGCCGCUCGAUUGGGAGUUGUAACAGGAAAGCAUUUGGCCGAAAUCUGCUAUCAGGAGUAUUCUCCACCGGCUCGCAUUCUGCUCUGGAUUAUGAUAGAAAUCGCAAUCAUCGGAUCCGACAUGCAGGAGGUGAUUGGCACUGCAAUUGCAAUUAAUCUCCUCAGCGUCGGUAAGAUUCCUCUCUGGGGCGGCGUACUCAUCACUGUCGUCGACACCUUCACCUUCCUGCUAAUCGACAAUUAUGGUCUUCGCAAAUUGGAGGCCUUCUUUGCCCUACUGAUCUCCAUCAUGGCUGUGACUUUCGGAUACGAGGUGAGUGUGUUUGUCUCCUCCAAAGUGAAUUGCGCCUUCGGCCAACUUAAUGCUCAGUUAGCUUUCACUGCUAGCUGA